GUUUGAACAUAAAAAAAAAGGCAGACCUUUGGCAUCAUUCUCAUUUGCCAAAAGUUCUCUUGUUUUUCUUGUGUUGGCCCUCACAUAUUUGUCAAUCAUUUAAUUUAAGUUUCUUGUUUUCAUUCAGUUUUUGGCUUUUGGCAGUACGUUGCAAAAGGUGACAUAUAUGGGUGGCAAAUCGAGCCGAAAUGUUAUGGCGCCAAAUCUGGUCAGCAGCUCAUCUGCUCACGAACUUAGUUUUUCCGAGUCCGAGUUUGUUUCAGAGAGCACAAGGGAGGUUUACUCGAGAUUUAGAAGGAUUGAUGACAACUACGCCACUCUAGACCAGGUGAAACGAGCUCUUUCGGAAUCCGGGCUGGAGUCGUCGAAUCUGAUUGUUGGCAUAGACUUCACGAAGAGCAACGAAUGGACUGGAAGAGAGUCUUUCAAUGGAAGGUCCCUCCACCACAUAGGCCAAGGCAUGAAUCCAUACGAGCACGCCAUCUCCAUCAUUGGAAGGACACUUCCGUCAUUUGACGAGGAUAAUCUCAUCCCUUGCUUUGGCUUUGGGGAUGUUAGUACGCAUGAUCAAGAUGUUUUUAGCUUCUACCCGGAUGGCAGGUCGUGUGACGGCUUUGAGGAGGCACUUGCUCGGUAUAGAGAUAUUGUUCCAUAUGUGCGUUUAUCAGGGCCUACAUCGUUCGCUCCCAUAAUCGAAAUGGCUAUUGGGAUUGUCGAUCAAAGUGGUGGUCAGUAUCAUGUUCUUCUGAUUAUAGCUGAUGGCCAGGUGACACGAAGUGUAGACACAGCGGUUGGGCAGUUGAGUCCUCAGGAGAAAAAGACUGUGGAUGCCAUUGUAAGAGCAAGCGAUUAUCCACUGUCCAUAGUAGUGGUUGGAGUAGGAGACGGGCCAUGGGACAUGAUGCAUAAAUUUGAUGAUAAUAUUCCUGCAAGGAAGUUCGACAAUAUUCAGUUUGUGAACUUUACGGAGAUUAUGUCGAGAAACGUGCCUCUAGAACAGAAGGAGGCCGAGUUUGCUCUGGCUGCACUAAUGGAAAUCCCCUUACAGUACAGAGCCACUAUUGAACUCCAUCUCUUGGGAGGUGUCCGGUUUGUGUCUAUAACAGACGAGACCUUGCUUUUGGAUGCGGCCAUCAGACUUGCCAUGAGUGUGGUUAUGAUCUCACAUGGUGUCCUGUUUGCCACACAGAGAUAACAACAAGGAUAAGGCUCUAUGACUGAACUAAAUAAUAAACUGUCCCCAAUUUCUUACAGAACUGUUAAUUAUCCCUUCAUAUUGUUGCUAUUUCUCAGUUGAAAUUGUGGAACCAAAAGUGGAUGUGUGCUUGGCCAGAAAAUAUUUAUCUUUAUAAUUAUCUCAAAAGAAAAUGCUAUAGUAACUGUUU